AUGCCGUUAUGUCUCAACUUUGUCGACUUAAAGAAGGCCUUUGACUCAGUUCAGGCAGUAGCGGUCAUGGUGGCCAUGGACAACCAGGUGAAGAAGACAGGGAACACCCGGCUCCGUGCUCACUACUUCAACACCAAAGCACUUCCUGCCUUGAUCUAUGCUUCAGGAACCUGGGUACUUCGCAAGCAGGAAGAAAAUGCGAGAUUUGACGAAAUCAUAAAACGAAAGAGACAAGAUCACAGCAAUAACAGGGCUACUGGUUAUAACUCGUUACCGGUUGACAAUGGGAAACACAGUAAUAAGAGGAACGCUACGGGACCCAGUCACGAACGACGACUGAAGCCAUGGUCAAGCACGAUAGCGACCCACUACAACAUGUCUGCUUUGGUUCGUAUGAUCAGUUAA